AUGGCCAAACUUCAGCUCGGGGAGCCUACGCUCUUUGACGUCCAGUUCGUCCAAACGUUCACAGACGUACCUCUUGAUCAAACUGAGCAAGACGAGCUGGAGGGCAUGAGAAAUAAUUAUCACAACCUCAUGUUGCAUGCCGAUGCGCUGAAUCACACGCGCUACGAGGAGAUUAUCAAAGACCUUCCUGAGCCUGCACCUCCUCUGGAGCUGUACAAGUUCCCUAAUAACAAGUACUACGAUGACGGCAAGAGCGACCAUAUAUUCUGUGCAAUAACCGAGACCUUCGGUUAUUGCUCGUCCAUGAAGGCCAUGUCAACGGCCCAGGAGCACCUGGCGGCGCGAGGGAAAACAAUGAGGGUGUACUUCAAGAUUAAUAACCUCGAGGCGGCUCAAGCCUUUCCCGUUGUCAAACCCUAUCACCCUGCAACUGGGUUGUUCGGGUUCACGGUCAAAGGUUAA